AUGCCGUUGAGUCAUCGCGCUGCCGCGCGGAGCGCAGACUCAUAUUCGCAGUCAGGCGCUCCCAGCUCACGCCGCACCAAUGGUCAUAACUCGGAGAUAGCGAGCUCCUCACGAUUGACCCCUUCUCGCCAGAAACCCCGCCGCAAGCCUGACUCCAAAAGUCACAAUGGCUCUGGGCGAGCCACGCUUGGCGAUCUUCUCUCGCCUGCAACCAUCAAUAAGUCUGCGAGAGCAGCAAGGCCGGUCAUCGAGUUGCUUGACAGCAGUGACAGCGAACCAUCAUCUCCAAGCAAACAGCAUUAUCGACAGGACACGGAUGAACUUGAUCUGGACGAUGUUGUCACGCCAGAGCUGCCACCUGCAGACGCUUCCGCGCCUACUUUACCAGAAUCCUUUGAUCACCUUCCAGGCACCCCACAGAUGCUAACGAUGCAGGCUGUCAUCCAUGAUUCACCUGACGAGGAGGAUGCCGAGAUGCAAUUGCACUUGGCUCCCUCCGAGUUGCCCGUCGCAACGCCAGAACCACCGCCAGAUCCUCUGGCGAACCAGCGGCCGAUUUUCGAUCCCAAGGAGCUAGAGAUGCAACCUCUCUAUGAUGAACUCAAAGCUCUGCUCGACACAGGCCAGCAGAGCGACUCGGGCGAUGAUGAUGAGGACUACGAGGAGCGCCGUCAGCGCAAACUGCGAGCCAAUGCGGCCCUUCUGGAUCAACUCGGUCUCUCGGCAACAGGCACCAAAACAAAAGUCGAUGAACUGCCCGUGCAAGAUGUUGAGGAUCAAGAUGACCACCAAGCCAACGACCAGCCCACCCAAACGCUCGAUACACCGAGCAGAGGCCGAGGUCGGCCAAAGAAGCAUACUCGCGACGACUCUGUUCGCCCAUUCAACGAGGCCGCCGACAAAAAGAACAAGUAUAAUCGUAAAGUCAAGUUCGCCGACGAUGGCACCACUAAAUCUGCACCAAACCCCGGUCAAGUCUUCGACCUGGCUUACGUCGACCUUCCAACCUUACGUGAUCGAGCUCGAAACGACUAUAUCUUUGUCAGAGACGUGCCAGACAUUCGACCAGAGGACCUCAUGACAUGGAGUGAGGACGAAGAGGAGGCAGAAGAAGACCAAGUGCAAGUGCUAGACGACGAUGAUGAUAUCUUCAGAGGUUAUGACUCCCUGGGCCGCCUCAAGACUAAGCGCAAGAAGCGCCAGCCCGACGUGCUUCCCGACGGCACUGUAAUGACAUCCUGCCACCAGUGCCGACGAAAGACACCUAGCCGCAAGGUGCGAUGCGUUCGCUUUCGCCAAGGCGUGGAAUGUGGCCUCAUGUACUGCCAACGAUGCAUCGAAGCUCGUUACGGUAUGGACUUCAACGCCGAUGAUCCCAAGUUCCACUGUCCUCGAUGCCUGGGUUACUGCAGCUGUUCCGUCUGUCUACGACGCUCCGGGUUUGGCGAUCUCGUGCACAAGGGCAAAGAACGCCGUUUGGCUUUCACAGGUGAGCUCCGAAAGCUCGCUUCUCAAGAUCAGGAUGGCUUAGAGAGUCUGCAGGGUCGGAUUGGUGCCAUCCUUGCUGAAACGGCCGCUUUGCAAAUGGAUGAGCCCUCGCCAAACCCAUGUAAAAGCAAUGGUAGAUCGGUCAAGAGAAAAUCCAAAGAUCCCGACGCUGUUGCUUUCGGCCCUCCAAAACGCCGAGGCAGACCUCCUAAGAAGCACCACCCGGCCGAAGAGAUGCUGAGACUCAAUCUCUCAGACGAGGUGGCCGAGGGUCAAGUCUUGAGCUCGCUCGACGAAUACGCUCUUGGUCAGCUCGCCGUGGCUCGCCGUGUACUCAAGCUGGUGGCGGCCAAACGGACUGCUAUGCCGAGACGCAGACGGAGACGGAGACUCGUGCUCAAACUCAAGAUACCCGCACGGGCCCCGUCUUGCACGCAAGCACCAGCGGCGCUCGCCUCAGCGGUCAGAGAGGCGAGAAGGAUGCCCAACUACCACGACAUGGAAAAGGACGUUUGGGUGCGUGGCGCAGCGGACUACAGCACGUCAGAAUCGGAGCUGGAGGAGCUUCAAGAAGAUGGCACAGACGAUGGAGAUGCCCAGGAUGAUGGAGCUGAUGCAGUAUUCGAAGAGGGUCGCACUCAGGUGUUUGCAGCCUCGAUGCUGCAACAGACAGACCACAGUGUCAGCUCGAGGGCCAGUCGUGACAGUUCACCGCUCACCAGCUUGGACGAUGAAAAGAGCAGCUCUUCUGACCCCUCGUCGCCUUACGGUGAGGACAAGGAUGUAUCCUUGCAGACUGACGAGGCAGAAGAAGCCGAGAGCUCUACGGAAAACCGCCUGUCAAGCGCCAUGUUUUCAUCGACAUCACUGGCCAUGUCGCAAGACCUGCGGCAGUUGGCACUCGCAGUCAUGCAAGGACAUGAUGAGUCGACAAAGGGGCUGCACGCCAACCAUCUGCGAUUGCAGCUUGAAGAGCCUCCGUCAUUUGCAACGUCGUCUAGUUCCGAAGCUGGACAGCCGGGCACACUGAUGGAUGCAGAAACGCUAGCAGCAACGCCAGUCCUGUUUGCUGCCGAUGCAACUUACACAGACACUUGA